AUGUACAACACUCAUUCAGAUAUUUGGGUUGCAGGUGCAUUUGCCGCAGUUGUAGUCGAUUUUAUUGUCUACCCCUUCGACACACUCAAGACCCGUAUUCAAUCCCCAGACUAUGAGAAGGUCUUCAAGAACGCACGCACAGGAGCAGUAGAGCGCAAUGUACUUUUCCGUGGAUUAUACCAAGGCGUCUGGAGUGUGGUUUUCUCGACAAUUCCUGCUUCUGGUGCAUUCUUUACCACUUACGAAGCUGUGAAGAGCAUUAUGUACAAUUCCUCAAAAGAAGCUCCCACAGGCAUGAAAAAUGGUAAGAGAACCUUCCCCGAUGGUUCUCUGAACAGUCUUCGCUUGCCCUUCACACAUUCCCUCCCUACUCCCAUUAUGCAUGGAAUUGCCUCUUCAACCGGGGAGAUGGUAUCAUGCUUCAUGCUCACACCAGCAGAGGUGUUAAAACAAAAUGCGCAGAUGAUUCAAUGUUCCCAAACAAACAAAUCCGCCAUGCGACAAGUACUCUUGCGAUUUCGACGUCAUCCUUGGCGCCUAUGGAGUGGGUAUACGGCACUGGUUGGUCGAAACCUCCCAACGACAGCUUUGCAAUUUCCGCUCUUUGAGUACGCGCGAUCACACCUCAUUGACCGACGGAGACAACGGAAAGCGGCUCGCAGCAACACCGGCCGACCCCCAUCGGAACAGUCAGAACAACUAGUCGAACGGGCCGGCUUGACGGGCAUAGCUGCGGCAUUUUCGGGGACGAUCGCGGCGACGGUGACUACUCCAAUUGAUGUAAUCAAGACCCGCAUGAUGCUUUCGGCAAGUGAUGUUGGAGGUAGUUCCCAAAAUCAAAGUAUCCAGGCUGGUACUCGUGACAGUGGAACGGUAUCUUCGGAGGCGCGAAUAAAGACCAAACCUGACAAAUCUCUCAUUUCUGUCGGUCGUGAUAUCCUACGUCAUGAGGGAAUCCGUGGCUUUUUCAAGGGUGGACUGAUACGGGCUGGUUGGACGGCAAUUGCAUUGGGCCUGUAUCUCAGCAUGUAUGAAGGAGGCCGGUUUUAUCUGGAGAAUCGACGGAAGGAGCAGGACCGUCUCAGUGGAAAAUUGGGAAAGCAAGCUGAUGAAGGCGGGGAGGUUAUUUAG